AUGGGUGCUCGUCUUUCAACACUACCACGCUCAUCAGUGCAAUGCAGUAAUGAACCUCAGAGGAAUAUCGGUAAAUGCAAAGAAUUGGAAAGAAAAUACUACAAAAGUAUAAUGCUUUUCAAUUUAUGGGAAGUAUUUAAUAGUAUCAGAUUGGUAUGCGAAGAAAUGAAUUUUGAUUUAUCGUCACAUAAAGUGAAUGUUGAUAUUGUUUUUCGGCAUUGGUAUAAUACUAUACCAAUAGCAAGUGAAAUUGCCAGUGAACUAAAAAUUAUCUCUGAAGAUUUGGUUUUACGAGAUUAUUUGAAGAAAUCACAACGAGUCUCUAUGGCUCAAAAUGCUGACUUUUUUUUGGAUAAUAUUGAGAGGAUUCUUUCGAAGGAUUACAUACCAAGUGGUGAAGAUAUUUUGAAUUCAUAUGCCACCACAGUCGGAACUGAUUAUGCAAAUUACAACACCGCAAAUGCCUACAUUACGUUUAGUGUUCAAGAAGAAAGCGUAACGGUGUUUAGUGAUCUUGCCACUACGAGCAUUUUGAAUCGUGCACAUUUCAUGAUUGUAUUUAAUAAGAAAGAUGCGUUCGAUGCACACCAUCCGCAUACAAACGGAGCACCGCCGGGAGAGACUUGUGACGGUGCGCAAACAAACGAUAUUAUGACUAUGCUGAGUAUGAUUCGUUCGAAAUUUUUGACUUAUUUUACGAAACGUAAAAUCUAUCAACACACAACAACACUUAUCAACGAUGGCAAUCUUCUGCAAUCGAAUAUCUCUGAAAAUAUCAAUCUAAUCGCUCGAAGGAACCGAUUACCCUCUGCCAGUUAA